AUGGAGGACUCGCAGUUGCCACUGGUGCGCUCGGCGGAGAAUGCGUACGAUGCAUGGUCGCGUCUAGAGGGACACUACGAGAAGAAGAGCUUGGCUAAUACGCUCUUUCUUCGUCGCCGUUUCUUCACGACAAUGAUGAGAGAAGGUGAUGACAAGCUAGAACACAUCAACAAGCUCAAGACCCUGGCGGAGCAACUCGACGCGGUUGGUGCUCCGGUCAGCGAAGACGACUUGGUCAUCACUCUUUUGUCCAGUCUCAGCGAGUCCUAUCAGUUCCUGAUCACGGCGCUGGAGUCAAGAUCCGACUCGCUGACAUGGGAUUUAGUCACGUCUCGUCUGAUGCAUGAAGACUUGAAGCGCAAGGAGCAAGGUGGCGGAGUCGAUGGAUCCGUGCAUGGGCAAGCUCAAGCGUUCAUGUCAAGAGACAACAAGCGAAACGGACGACCAGGUAAAAAGACUGACGCGGAACGACAUCGAUUCCAGCGUGCGAACGUGGCGCAAUAUGAAGAUCUUGGCGAAUAUCUGUUCUCGGUUGGUGGUGAAGUCGCCAAGUCGAGUAACGUGUGGCUGGUCGACUCGGGUGCGACGCAGCACAUGACGAGCUCCAAGAAGUUCAUGAAGAACUACAAGGUCUUCAUUUCGGUCGAUGUGCACUUGGCAGACGAUGGUGUCGCUCAAGCUAUCGGAAAAGGCGACAUCGUGAUGUCAAUGAAGACGCCACGCGGUACCAAGAAAGGUGUGCUCACAGACGUGUGGCAUAUCCCGAUGUUAUUGCGUAAUCUGUUCUCCGUGGGUAGAUUCACCAAGGACGUCGGGUCAGUCACCUUAGAAACCAACGGAUGCUUCGCGGAGACGAAAUGUGUCAAGUGGAAGCUCGGUGCUCGCGAAGGCAAAUGGCUUUUCAAACUCUGCAUGACGCCAGAAGCGUCUAACGAGAAAGCUUAUCGAUUCGAAGAGAUCAAGAGUGGUCGUGUGCUGGUCAGCCGCGACGCACAUUUAUGGAAGACGUCUUCGACAGUGGAAGACGCGACUACGUUCAAGUCGAAGUAG